AUGUCGGAAGAACGCAGCAAAAUCUCGUUGCGAAGCGGCAAGCGCAAGGCGAAACCCACCAUCAGCGCGCCGCGACAAAUAUCCAAUCCCAUACCUCUCCAAGAUGCCUCGGCCAUGGGCGCCAUCCCAGCCCCUCCUGGUUCGACCAGCGAUCAGCCAUCGCGGCCUCGACUAAGACCACCGCCAAUGGCCGGUGGAAAGACGUCGGACCUGGUGAAACAACGAUACUCGACACGAUUCAAUAACACCCCGGUUGACUUAGACGGACCAAUCCCUUCCGUACCGGCACUACCAUCUAUGGAGAAAUACGAACAAAAAGAUCGACGUCCACCCCCAUCCCGAGCUGGCGCUGCACCUGUGAUAGAUAUCAAGGCUCUGCGCGACCCCGCCCUCGUUCCUGACCAGUAUGUGGCAGCUGUGCUUGGCGAUGCUACUGAUGGUCAGAUCCGCGAGUUUGAAGACAGCCUAAAGAAGCUCAAGAUUCGUGCCGGAUCCGACCUACAACAGAAUCUACUACAGAACCGCACGCAAUUCAUCAAGAUCAGCAAAGAGGCAGAGAAGCUCAAAAGCGAAAUGCGGACGCUGCGUAACCUCAUGUCGGAGCUCAAGACAAACACGACGGCGUUGCGAUCCGCGACUGCCAGAAAUGACGAGCCUGCGAGCAUCCCAGGCCAGGCGGCGCUGAGCAAGCGAGACAAGCGCAGCUCUGUGGCAGACCGAAGCGCGCUCUGGAACUCGCAGUUGCAGGCCUUGUACAAGAAUGUCGAAGGCUCGCAGAAAUUUCUUCCCAGCUCAUCUGGGCGUCACGUCGUGCAGAACGCUGGACCGUGGGUUGAGCUCGACAAUGCCACAUACAAGUCUCGUAGAGCCAUGCAGAUAUUUUUGCUCAACGACCACCUACUCAUCGCCUCUCGGAAGAAGCGCAAGAUGGAUGCGCCCAACGCGGACGCGCGAGGUCCCAUGUUGAAGCUCGUUGCCGACCGGUGCUGGCCGCUGCUCGAUAUCGAGGUCAUUGACAUGCCAGGCACCGGAGACUCGUCGUCUGGUGGCCGCAAUAAGCUUGCCGACGCCAUCAUGGUACGAGGUGGCGGGCAAGAGUCGUUCAUCUACCGGACCGAAAAGGCAGAUGAUGACUCCAAAAAGGCUUUGCUGCUCAAUGUGCGCAAGGCCGUUGAAGAGCUCCGCAAGGGUCUAGAGUACGAAAUGGAGGCCAACAACAAGGCCAAGGAGACAAUCAACUAUUUUGCCUCGCGAGACCCCGGCUUACUGCAAAAGACGGAGCUUCUCGAGACUCUGUCUGACAUUAAGGAUAUGCUCAUCGAGGUCGACGGCAAUCAACAAAACUUGCGCUGGGUGGAGAGCCAGAUGGAUGAGCUGGACAUUAACAUUGCAAUGCAGAGAUUUGAGCCUGCAGUGGCAGGCGUGGAGAAGCUCAAGAGCCUAUCGAGAGGGCUCAAGAGUAACGCGGUGGCGCAGGACUUUAUCAGCUUCAAAGUGGAUGAGCGGUGCAGCCGCCUAGGCGACAUUGUCAUUCGCGAGCUUGAUGCCACGCACAACGAAAGGAUGAAGACAAAGCGGAACGUGUCCUGGCUGACGAGGCUGGGGUAUCAUGACAGAGCGAGGGAAACUUACUUAGAUGCGAGAAGUGCUACCAUCCACAAACGUUCAAGGUCAGUCAAGCGGCUACAAUGCAUCUUCCAGGGAGACUUGCACCUAUACAUCUGGCAGUUGUCGUACGUCUACUUUACCAUUAUUCACAACACAGUCUUGUGUUUCCAAGCCUGCUUCCCACCACCGAUGAUGAGCGCGUGCGUCAAGUGGGCUAAGCAAGAGGUCGAGGCGUUCAAUGCCAUUCUGGCUAGGCAGCUCAGUAGCACAGAGCGUGGUGGCCCAGCAUGGACAGAAUGCAUGGAAAGAGCAAAGGAACAUGCGAAGAAGCUCUCUGCUGUCGGGCUUGAUUUCCAGGAUCUCGUGGGACGGGAUGUGCUUUGGGAGACGGCGCCACCACCUACGGGACUUGGAUUGAUAUCGACAUAA